AUGAUUUCUACUUGGCGCCGUGACCGAUCACAAUGGACAUCUGCCCACUGGCUGCUUGAUCUGCUGGGCACGCAUCUUAAGCCAAGCGACGGUAACGUGCCUGUCUUUUCCAAAAAAGAAAAAAUACCUUCCGUGCGGGAAUGGACCGUUCAUCUAUGGAUCUUGCUUCAUGCGUUGAUCCCUCACGUGUUUCAACACGUAUACAUACUCUAUACCGGAAGGAACCUCGACGCGGUCGGUGUUUUUCUUUUGUAUAGCAUGACAUUCUAUGGGACUGGUAUACAUCUAGUACAAACAAUUCGUCGCCUCGGUUGGGCUCACGGCUUCUUGGAUGGAGACAAGCAUGAACGAGACGACAUCCCUGACGUUGGGGUAGGAAGGGUUGCGACGGAACUGCUUUCUGUCCCGACACUUCGCCUAGCUAUGUCUAUCUACCUAUCGUAUCCACCGGGAAAGCUCCCAUUCUCUUUUCAUUGGCCAUGGCUAGCUCUGAAGAUUGGAUUCUACAGUAUCACGGUGGACUUUUGGUUUUAUUGGUAUCACCGCUUGAUGCACACUGUUGAGCCUUUUUGGAAAUUCCACCGUACACACCAUCUGACGAAACAUCCUCACCCGAUGCUUGGUGCAUAUGCCGACCACGAGCAGGAGUUUUUUGAUAUCCUUGGCAUCCCGCUUCUUGCCUUUGGUACUCUGAAGCUGAUUGGUAUGCCUAUGUCGUUUUAUGAAUGGUAUAUUUGCUAUCAAUAUGUGGUCUUUUCUGAGAUCAUCGGGCACAGCGGACUCCGCAUUCACGGGGGCGCACCCUCUACUUUUAACUGGAUACUCGAAUAUUUUGACGCAGAAUUGGUGAUUGAAGACCAUGACCUGCACCACCGCUACGGUUGGAGACAGAGUCACAACUACGGAAAGCAGACCCGUCUCUGGGACCGCAUAUUUGGAACCUGUCGUGAACGUGUUGAAGGUUAUAAAGCCAACGUCGACUACGAUAACCGUGUCACAUUCCCUCUUUUUUGA